ACUAAAUUUAUAUUUUAUAAUAAUAAAAUAUAAUAACUGUUAAAUUUAUCGGAUAACGUAUAAAACGUACAGUAUAGAAUGUAGUUAUAUUUCAACUAUAGAUAAACUUUAUAAAAAAUUAUGGACUACAAAUAAACCGUAUUCAGUGUCCUAGUGCGGAAUGUGUUAAGUGUUGAUAUCUUAGUUGUUAAAAAAACAUUUCGGUUACAUACAUAUAUAGUUUUUUUUUUCAUUAUUACGAACACAACAGUUUUGUUGCAUUUUAAACAAACACUUGGAAAUAUGGAAAAAUCACCAGUCAUUUUAGCUACAAAUAAGCGUUAUUUUAUAGAGGAUAAAUUUCUAGUUGUAGAUUGCUUUUACGACCACAAGAAAAUAAGACCAAUGCUAAGAGAUUGGAUAGGAUUGUAUCCAACUGAGAAUGUACGAUUUGAGGAACCAAUAAUUUUUGAAUAUGUUAUGGAUCAUCCAAGAAUAGAAGGUAGUUGUUUCAAAAUCAAGUUUAUUCCUCAACUUUUUGCUAAAUAUAUCCACUGUUCUGGCAGAUACAAUUUUGUUUAUGUAAAUUCUUAUUUAAAGGUCAUAGCUAGUAGUUCUUCGAUUGAGUUUAUGCAUAAAAAUGACUGUAAUUGUAGUAUAAAACUAACUUCAUCAAAUUUAAUUGGACAUAUAAAAAUUGGCCAGGAUGUAAAUACAGUGUUAAAACGUCUAAAAUGUCUAGAAGCUCGACUACAAGAUUACGAAGAAGGUAAAAAAAGUAUUAUGCAACUAAAUGAACAAUUAGUUGAAAAAUUGAAAGAAUGUGAAAUGCUUCGAUCUAGAGGUGAAAAAUUUAUUGAUGGCUUAUAUAGUGCACUUGAUCAAGGAAAACCAGUAAAACUAACAAAUUCUAAAGGAUAUUCUAGAUGGAUUAAACGUAUGCAUACUACAGAAAUAAAAAGUCAUAUGAUAUCUAACAAAUCAAUUCGAAAUGAAGUUUAUCUGACAGCAAUAAUUAACACCCAAGAACAAGCAUUGCAAAGAUUACAAAAUAUCAAUAGGGAUUUAAAAACAAAACUUUCUAUUCAAAAUGAAGAACAGUUAAAAACAUAUCAAAAUGAGACUUGUGAAACUGACGAUGCAAAAGCUAUUACCCAUAUGAAAUUAUUUACAAUUCAGUCUACUUCUCCAGCAAUAGUUAAAUUUGUCGAUGAUACCGACUCUAGUGAAAAUCUUAGUGAUUGCUAUGAUUAAUUUUUCUUCCUUUGUGUUUAUAUAUUUUUUGUUUUUUGUACUUUUUUUUUUUUUUUGUUUAUCGACUUGUUAGUUAUUGUUCCUGUUGCUGAUUUUAUAUUUUAGUUCAAAUAUAGUAUUAUUAUACUGGGUCUAAAUAGUUUAAGAGUUUUUAUUUAUAAGUAAUUUUGUAAUAUUAAAUAAACCAGUUAAAUUUUA